AUGGAGCCACACGUGAGUCAGAAUAUGGCAACUCAAAAGUCAUCAGCAAAAAGGCUAGCUGAUAAGGUGGCAGUCAUAACUGGUGGUGCAAGAGGAAUUGGUGCAGCUGCAGCUAAACUGUUUGCAGAAAAUGGAGCACAUGUGGUCAUUGCUGAUGUGCUUGAUGAUAUAGGAGCCAAUGUGGCUGAGUCCAUAGAGGGUCGCUACAUACACUGUGAUGUGUCAAAAGAAGAUGAUGUUGAAUCAGCAAUUAACCUUGCACUAUCAUGGAAGGGCCAUCUAGACAUCAUGUUCAGCAAUGCUGGAAUUGGAGGCCCUGAGGGAAGAAGCAUCACAACCCUUGAAAUGGACCAAGUGAGGCAUUUAUUUUCCAUUAACCUUCAUGGAACCAUACAUGGGAUCAAACAUGCUGCAAGGGCAAUGAUCAAAUGUCAAAGAGGAGGAUCCAUCAUAUGCACUUCUAGUGCUGCAGUGAUUUUGGGUGGUUUGGCCUUGCAUGGCUAUACUAUGACAAAAGCAGCAAUAGAUGGAUUGGUGAGAAGUGCUGCUUGUGAGUUGGGAGAGCAUUUGAUUCGGGUUAACUGCAUAUCCCCACAUGGGGUUCCCUCUGAGAUGCUUCUCAGUGCUUACAGAAGGUUCGGGGAUGUUGAUAUUACCCCUCAACGAUUGAAGGAAAUGGUUGGGACAAGGGCAAGUUUACUUAAGGGGAGAGGUUCAACCAUUGAAGAUGUGGCACAGGCUGCUUUGUUUUUGGCUAGUGAUGAGUCUGGCUUCAUAACAGCACACAAUCUUCUCGUAGAUGGGGGACACACAUCUGCUGAUAGUAGAAUGAGUUACAUGUACCAAGAUCCAAAAUGGAGAGAAAAUAAUUAUCAAUAA